CCACAACCAUUUAGAUUUAUUGUAACAUCCCUGGUGCCCUCCAUUAUCUAUUUUCACAGUAGGAAUGUAGUCUUGGUAAGUGGAAACAUGGGGAGAUUAGAAAUACUGCCUAAAAGGUGUCAAGAGCACUGGGAGUGGGGGCGAGGGAGGGAGGAAGGAAGGUAAGUUUGAUCAUAUAACUUGGGAAAACUUAGGUGGAAAUUUAUUGUUUUUAUUAUUAUUUUUGUUAUUAUUAUAAUUGGUAUUUUUUAAAGGUCAGGGUAUAACAAUAACUUUGUUUCUAGGGAAACAAGACAAAUAUUUGUCAUCUGAGCUCAGGUCAGUGGGGAUUGGGAUAGAUUAAAAUCAGGAAACCUCCUGACCUCUAAUCUCUGCUGGCCCCUUGGGAGACUCAUUCAUUCAGGCAUUCAGGAUUCAGAGGACCAUGUGAAGUGGUUCAAUAUAUGGAAGAUUCGUUCCUUUUACAUAGCUAUCUCUUCACCAGAGCUUCAGGCUGGGACAGAGUCUCAUGCAGGUCUCAGGUCUGGGCAGGCUGAAGUCUUAUGGUGAUGCUUUUGAUUACAACUAUGGAGUCUGCCUUCUGAGAAUACUAGGGGGACUGAGUGUGACUCCUCGUCGCCGAGUCCAUGAUAAAUUGGGGAGGUCAGGGAUUGGAAGUGAAUCUCGUGUUUUUGGACUCUGAAGGAACAGAUGCCUUGGAGAAAGGGGAAGGGGCCACUAAAUACAGAGAAGGGUUGACAGUACUGAUCCCCUACUUGCUGACUCACUGGAAGAAGUGGACUAAAUGCCCUUUUCAUGUUUUUGUGAGCAGCCCUCCCGGAUGCCUAGAGGAGAAGCACAGAGAUCCACUCUCUCCUCAGCAGAUUCCAUCUAGGCUUCCAGGAGGUGGAAGUGCUUCCUGAACUCACAGGCAAACCAAAGGAGAAAAGGUUCUUCAGAGACCGAGAAGGGUUAGGAAUGGCAGGGGUACACUCCGCCCCAACUCCCCAAUUUACUGACCGGUGCCUGGAGGAGUGAGGCACUGCGUCUCCUCUACGCCCUCCUGCACUCUUCUUGCCCUUCUCUUCAUUCGACGGUCUUUAGUUGCUGCUUGAAGAAUGGAGUCGAAUGUAAGGCACUAAGAUAGACAGCCCCCAAGUUGAGAGGACCUCCCAGGAGAUACGUAUUCGAGUCACAUGGAGGGGCGGGCUCGACGCAACCCGACUCAACCUAUCCCCGCCGGUUCCUUAACGCGGAAGUCCAAGAUCCCGGACCGUGUGACCAAGACCAACUAACCCACGUGGGAGAAUCGCGCCUUCUGCUCUUUGUGUUUGGGGGCCAGUAUUCUCUUACGUUGGGCUACAGGGAGCUUGAGCCGAGGGGCGUUGUUCUGGGCCAGAAGGAUGCCAAAGCGAGGGAAGAAGGAAGUAUCAGUGAAGGAUGGGAUCAGUGAGGAGGAGUCAGAAACUAAAGAGCCUGAGCCUAAGAAGACUAAGAAGGGUGCAAAAGAGAAGGAUGCAGCUGGAGAAGGAUCUGCCUUGUAUGAGGACCCCCCAGACAAGAAAACCUCACCUAGUGGCAAAUCUUCUACCCUCAAGAUUUGUUCUUGGAAUGUGGAUGGGCUUCGGGCCUGGAUCAAGAAAAAGGGUUUGGAUUGGGUAAAGGACGAAGCCCCUGACAUCCUUUGCCUCCAAGAGACCAAAUGUUCAGAGAGCAAGUUGCCACCUGAGCUUCAGGACUUGCCUGGUCUUACCUACCAGUACUGGUCAUCACCCAACGAUAAAGAAGGAUACAGUGGUGUGGGUCUUCUUUCUCGCCAGUGCCCACUCAGUGUCACAUAUGGCAUUGGUGAAGAGGAGCAUGAUCAGGAGGGUCGGGUGAUAGUGGCGGAGUUUGAGGCAUUUGUGCUGGUGACAGCCUAUGUGCCCAAUGCAGGACGGGGACUGGUUCGUCUGGAAUACCGACAACGAUGGGAUGAAGCAUUUCGCAAGUUUUUGAAGGGGCUAAAUGCCAAAAAGCCACUUGUGCUCUGUGGAGACCUCAAUGUGGCCCAUGAAGAGAUUGACUUGCGUAACCCCAAAGGGAACAAGAAAAAUGCUGGUUUUACUCCACAGGAAAGACAAGGUUUUGGGGAACUACUCCAGGCAGUGCCAUUAACUGAUAGUUUCCGUCAUCUCUAUCCAGAGGCCGCUUAUGCUUACACUUUUUGGACCUACAUGAUGAAUGCCAGAGCCAAGAAUGUUGGCUGGCGGCUUGACUACUUUUUAUUGUCCCAGGCCUUACUCCCUGCCCUGUGUGAUAGUAAGAUUCGGUCCAAAGCCCUAGGUAGUGACCAUUGUCCCAUCACCCUCUUGCUGGCAUUGUAAUUUGAUUUAAACUAGGUUCUUAAGCUCCCAGAAAUCCAAGACUGUUUCUUUAAUUUUGAGAAUGCUAUCAUUGACUAGUUUUUGAAAUAUCUCUGAGAAUAAAGAACUGUAGAGGUCCA